AUGGACGGAGCAGCAGGAGCAGGUAGCAGCAAUGUUGUUAGACAGGGAUUCAUUUGUCCAUUUUGUAUGGAAGAUUUCGGAGAAUACGAACGACUGAUUGGACACGUUGAAGAUGAUCAUCCAGAAGAAGACAGCAGCGAUUUGGCUGGUUUAUUCGUUUCGAAUGUCAAAGGAUUCUUUGAUAAAGCGAAACGAGGAAUUCAGAAAUUGGAUGCUAAGAAAAGUAUUGCAGAAAUUGCUAGUAACGUCGAGUCAGAAUUCACAGAAACUACCGAAAAACUGACAGAAAGAGCUCCAUUACCGCGAAUUCCGAAACCAUUGCCUCCAGAUGAAAUAUCUUCAGGAACAAUGAGAUCAAAAACAAGAGAAUUUAUGUCGACACGAGAGCUCAAUAUAAAUGAAGUUGCUGUUAGAACAAAUAUGUUAAUUAUCAGAUUAGAUAGAUUAAUUAAUGGAGGACCGAAGGAUAAAGAUCCGGCGAAGAGAAAAGAAUUUGAACGAGAAAUCGUACCCUGGCUCGACGAUGCAGAAGCUGUGUGUUGUCCCCUAUGUGCCGCCCGUUUUGGUCUCACUCGUCGACGUCAUCACUGUAGAUUAUGUGGAAAAGUUCUUUGCCAUUCUUGUAGCAAAUUUCUUUCUUUUGACACUGCUAGAUCUCUGACAAGUUCAUCGAAUCCUCUUGGAAAUGUUCAACUAGAUUUGGAUGAUAAACCAACAGAUACAGAGGAACCGGAAAGUUCGAAUAAUGAGGAAAAUGGGCGGAGAUCAUUCUUCGCAUUUUCUCAAAAAUCAAUGGAUAAAAUGAAGAAAGCAAUGGCCGGUGCUGUACAAAAGGUUCAUUCUGCUGCUGCUGGAGAAGAGAUAAUUGCUGGUGCAUUGAAUGAACAAGAGAUGUCAGAUCAUAUGAGAGUUUGUAAUCUGUGUCUGAGGGAUUUGCAAUUCCGAGAAAGUCAAAUGGAGAAGAAAGAUCCGCCUUCUUAUGUUCAACAAUAUGAAUACAUGAAAGAAUUGAUUGAAGAAGUGAAGAAUCUUGUGCCAACUUAUGUUAGAGUGGUUGUUAGUUUAAAUAACGGAGAAUCUGUUUACACUCAUAAACACGGAGAGGAGCUUCGAUCGAAGUGUUUGGAAAUUCAGAAGAAUAUUGAUGUUCUGAGUAAACGAAUAGCAGAAGGAGCAGAUGAUAAACCGAACGCUGGAAAAGAACAACAAUUGAGAAGAAACAUUCGUUUAUCCGCAGUGAACGCUCUUCAAGGAUUAAUUGGACAAAUGGAAUCACUUCCAACAGCAGAAGAAUGUGCGAAUCGAAUCGUGAGAAGAAAAGAAAAACGAGUGAAAGAUUUUGCGAGAGUGAAUCGAACAAUGAUGAAAAUGUCGAAUUCAAUGCCACAACUAAUGGCUCACCCUCAUUUGAACAGUACAAGUAGUGUAUCUUCAUUAGGAGGUCCACCAUCUUCCGAUGAUGGGUGGACUACAGAAGAUAAUGAUCUAGUGUUUGAGCCAAGUUCCAUCGAAGACGACACGAUUCGAGCAGACCAUCCACUGUACGAACAACGUGAACAACUUGAAAAAUUCCUUAAAGAAGCAAUAUUGAAUGGAAGAAUGGACGAAAUGGAAAUUUUGGAGAGGAAUAUCAAAGAGAUCGACGAAGAAAUGGACCGUCUUGGUCUUUUAUCCUAA